AUGCCUGGUGAUUCUCCAGUAUCAGACGAACAGCACGUCGAACAGAGUUCACAUAAAGAACCUCUAAUGACGAGUUUCCCUGUCACGAAGCGAAAGCGCGCUACGCGUGCUAAGUUCGCCAAGGCAAGUAAGCAGGCGCCUUCGAGACGACACGUAAAGUGCGACGAAACAAAGCCCGCCUGCAAAAACUGCAUCAAAUGGGCCGGGUUUUGCGGCGGCUAUGAACCCAUUCACACCACACAAUCCAAGACGUCGGUAAAAAAGACCAUCAUAACGCCGCCCAGCCCUGAGCUUGACAGCACGUCUUCCCCUGAAGAACUGGAGCUACCCUUGUACGACUACGGAUGGCAGUUUCAACCUCCUGAGAAUCUCUCGCCUCCAGAAUCGAUUGACUCUCAAAUUAGUCCUUAUGGAUGCGUGCCUUGUUCGGGACAACAACCCACUGGACCGUACUUUAGCCUCCCAGGCCCUUCUGCCGCGUUCGAUGACACAUUCUGGACUUUCGCUCUUCCCCAACUAGUUCAAGACAACACAGCAAUUCGCUAUGCCAACAUGGCCGUUCAUGCCCUCAUGUUUGCCAAAGGCCCUACGCCAGCGCAGGGCGGCAGAAUCGACGGAAGGGACCACUAUGGGGAAGCUUUAAUAUGCUAUGGUCUGGCGUUACAAGAAGCCAGGCGUGCGACAAUGAGACAGACAGAUCUUCGCGAGGCAGUCGUGUGCUGCAUGUUCUUUGUCAUCUUCGAGACGAUAAACGGUGACCGAGAAGCUGCUCAAGCACACCUAAUGAGCGGUCAAAAGAUCUUGGAUGAACUUGGCCAUGGAUGUAACGGUGCUGAAGGCUUCCGGAAGGAACUUCGACAUGUGUUGCAGUAUCUCGCCCAACAAGCUCGUGACUUUGGUGUUGAUGCACCUAAUCAAUACGGGGGGGAGGAGGGAGGCGGCAUCCUGGACAAACUAAUGGUUUGA